CUCAAGCGCACACACUUUCUCACUCUUCUCACUCUGUUUUCACAAACUCAAAUCUCUUUUUCCUCUUUCGGCUCAAAUUUACAAACAUAAAAUGGUAAGAUUCAUUGAAGAAAUCACAAAAACGGUGGAAAAAGAAACAGGAAACAAAUCAAACACGGAUGUAGCAACGGCGAAGAAAAAAGUUCUUCAAGAUCUUAUUAUCAACGAUGGAGGAGGAUUAAUCAAUUCUUGGGUUGAUUCCAUGAGAGCAUGUUCUCCUACUCAUCUCAAAUCUUUGAUGAAACAAAGCUCUUGGCUCACAGAACAUCCAUCAGCAUUAGAUAUGUUUGAAGAGAUUCUUCAUGUUUCUGAAGGAAAACAAAUCGUUAUGUUCUUGGAUUAUGAUGGCACUUUAUCUCCCAUUGUUGAUGAUCCAGAUCGAGCUUUCAUGUCUAAGAAGAUGAGAAGAACCGUAAGGAAACUAGCAAAUUGUUUUCCCACAGCCAUAGUUAGUGGGAGAUGCAGAGAAAAGGUUUAUAAUUUUGUGAAACUGACUGAGUUGUAUUAUGCUGGAAGUCAUGGAAUGGACAUCAAAGGACCAGAGCAAGGAGGGUCCAAGUAUAAGGAAGAUCAAUCCCUUCUCUGCCAACCAGCUACAGAGUUCCUCCCCAUGGUCGACGAGGUUUAUCAGAAAUUAAUUGAGAAAACAAGAUUAACUCCCGGAGCCAAAGUAGAGAACAAUAAAUUUUGUGUAUCUGUUCACUUCCGACGCGUCGAUGAAAAAAACUGGAGUGAUUUGGCUGAUCAAGUUCGAUCAGUAAUGAAGGACUACCCUAAGCUCCGUCUUACCCAAGGAAGAAAAGUUUUGGAAGUUCGUCCAAUCAUUAAAUGGGAUAAAGGCAAAGCACUCGAGUUUUUAUUAGAGUCACUUGGAUACGCUAACUGUACUGACGUUUUUCCCCUUUAUAUCGGAGAUGAUCGCACAGACGAAGAUGCAUUUAAGAUAUUGAGGGAGAGAAGACAAGGUCUUGGCAUUCUUGUAUCCAAAUUUCCAAAGGAGACUAACGCGUCUUAUUCUCUACAAGAGCCUGAUGAGGUUAUGGAUUUCUUGCAACGUUUAGUGGAAUGGAAACAAUUGAGAUCUGGAGCAUGAUGAGAGCCUAUAAGUACAGAAGAAUCUCUUUUUUUUUUUUAAUAAUCUGUUAAGCUAGUUUCUUGGUUUUUCUGCUCUUAUUGUACUCAACGCAUCUUUGACAAAAAAUUGUACUAAACGCAUAUGUAAAAAAAAUUAUUAAAAAUUGUAGAUCUUCACGUUCUCAAAGAAAAUAUCGAUCAUAU